AUGGCUGCGUCCGUCUGCCUCCUCUGCGCGACCACAGCUCGGCUCCUUGCGCCCUCCUCCAUGGUGCCGGGUCGAGCACGUGAGAACCGAGGCGGCGUGCACGAGCGCAAUAAGGAGGACUACGUCGAGGCCGACCGCACCGAGGCGCCUGCUGGCGGCUUCGGCGACGGCGGCGGCGCUUCCUCUGCGGAAGAGGAGCAUGCGGAGCAAGAACAGGGCCCGUCUUCUUUCUUCUUUCAGUUUUAUGAUCUACUGGCUUUCUGGGGAAGUAUGGAGAGAAGGGCGACUCGAGGUGAUAGAAAUGCUCAAUAUAUAAGACGAAGUGAACUUUAA